AACAGCCGAAACCUCUUAUAAAUCAUGUUAGAAUUUAACCCCUUAUGUUGUGCAUGUCCCGUAUCCCAGCUCAAAUGUUGUAUAUUUUUUUACAUACACAAAUAAAACACGGAACUGCAUAGGUAUCUAAGGACAUGGGCCCCGGGGAUAUAGCUCUAGUGACGAUUACGCCGCUGGUCAACAUACGACUCAUCUUAUUACGGUAUUAUAGAUACACAACUUCCUCGACUAAGGAGGCCAGAGAAUGAAGAAAAUUAAUAGUGAAUAAUUUUAAUUCAAUGUCUGUUUCUAAAAUGACCAAUUAUGUUUUGGAUAUGGCUGUCUGGACCGUUUUCACCUCUUGGAUGGUUCAACACGCCGCUCAAGGUUCGUGUCCGAUGGGAUUUUUUGGUUACUUGUGUCAGUACGCAUGUCAUUGUCAGUACGGGGCAGCCUGUCACUCAGUGACGGGAGAAUGUAUGGAGGAGUGCGAGUUCGGAUGGUCAGGAAAACCCACCUGUCAGAUACAAAAUGUUGCAUUGGACAAAGUGACACAUCAAGACGGCCAUAACACGUCUGUGCUGGCGGUGGACGGGGUACGGGAACAGAACGGGUCUACGGGACGAUGUACUCGUGCCUACAGUACAUCCAACGUAUUCCGAGUUCAGUGGUACGUGGACCUGGGGAGGGAAUACCACAUCAAGAACAUCAAAAUCUACUUCAGAAACGACCAACUGUACAAUGAGGGUCGCCGAAAAGGUGUCCGAGUUUACGUUUCGAAUACUCCCGUGUUUACUGAUGGAGCGCUUUGUUAUACAAGUCAGAUACGGAACAACGAGUUUUUUACUCCACCUGAUACACUGAUGUUAACCAAUUGUACUCACAAAGCCCGGUAUGUAACAGUAUAUAACCAGCGGCCGAUCGUCAACCCUGCCGCCUGUCCCACGACCGACUACUCCUGCUGGGCUAACCUGGAAAUCUGUGAGGUCGAAGUUUUCGCUUGUGCCUUUGGAACCUAUGGACCAAACUGUGAACACCAGUGUAACUGUAAGGGGGAGACUUGUGACCCAGAAACAGGACUCUGUCCCUCCGGCUGCUCAGAGGGGCGGACGGGACCAAAAUGUGACCAAGAUUGUGCACCAGGGCUUUUUGGUGAGAACUGUGCCAGUUUUUGUGGAUAUUGUCGGAAUGGUAAAGCUUGUGAUGCAGUGUCCGGCAAGUGUCCAGAAAACAAGUGCGACCCGGGCUGGGAAGGUGCCUUGUGCAAAAACGAAUGUAAAAAGUAUAAAUUUGGAGAGGACUGCCAAUUGGACUGUGGAAAUUGUCUUGGUCUCAAGGACUGCGAAAAAGCGUCUGGAAUUUGUGAAGAAGGUUGUCAUAAAAAUUGGUAUGGACCUAACUGCAAUUACUCCUGUCCCAUUGGAAUGUAUGGCGGUGCCUGUGACAAAAUGUGUGGAUUUUGUGCAGAAAAUGCUCCAUGUCAUUCUACAACAGGGUUAUGUCCCAGUGGGUGCCAACCUGGAUACAUGUCAGAAAGAUGUGACUUAGAAUGCCCAAGAUUUACUUAUGGAAAAGGAUGCUUUGAACGUUGUGGAAAUUGUGCAAAUGGCGCCACAUGUAACCAUGUGACCGGCACCUGUUCCGAAGGUUGCAUGCCGGGAUACACUGGGCCCAAGUGUGAAACAGUUUGUGAUACCGGUUUCUAUGGGGAAAAUUGUCAGUUACCUUGCGACAAUUGUCGGGACUUAAAAUGUCACCAUGUAACGGGCCAAUGUAUAGAUAACUGUCGUCAUGGAUGGAAAAACUUACCAUUCUGUGAUCAAAAAUGUACUCCGGGGAUGUUCGGGGAUCAGUGUAUCAAUAUUUGCGGUCCCUGUAAAGACGGUCAACCAUGUGAUCACGUGACCGGGGAAUGUUCUAAUGGCUGUCAAGCAGGAUGGAUAGGAAUGCAGUGUUCAGAGACUUGUCCUUUGAAUACUUACGGAGAAGAGUGUUUGAAUGAAUGUGGACAUUGUAUUGGAAAUAGUACUUGUGUUCCGGAAGACGGGAUCUGUCCUGAAGGGUGCCGGGACGGAUACAUCGGCGAAAAAUGUAUUUCCGCCAAAUCGGAGCAGAUGGCGCCGAUGACUGCUGUGGUGGGAGGGACGGCAGGUGGCGCUGUAUUCGCUAUACUGCUUGUUGUCUUAGUGGUUUUCUUCAUCAGAAAGAGAAAGGAAAAGAAUCAAGUAAAUUCCUCUGUAGACCAGAAUAUGAACGCCCAUUAUGCAAACGUGAUGUUUGGUAAUCUGGAGGAACUAGAGAAUCAGAGUUUCCGGAUCAGCGCUAGUUCUGCCGUGUACUAUAAUUUAAAUAUAGAAAGGGGCGUCAACAUAAACCAACUCAACGAAUACAUACACUCCAUGGAGGCCAACCCCGAUAAAUACCAGACACAGUUCGAUGAACUUAAGGACUGUCCAAGAUUCCUCCACGUGGAAGGUCAGAAGAAGGAAAAUAAGUCAAAGAACCGGUUCCUGACCACGUUUCCGUAUGACCAUUCAAGGGUUGUUUUGACAUUUAUGAAGGAAGGAAGUGGAUCAAAUUAUAUCAAUGCUAAUUAUAUAGACAGCAUGGAUGAACGAAAGAAAUAUAUAGCGACACAAGGCCCAAAAUCUAAUACCAUCGUGGAUUUCUGGAGAAUGGUUUGGCAAGAGAACGUUCAUCAAAUCGUAAUGUUGUCCAAUAUCAUAGAAGACGGCAAGGUGAAGUGCGAGAAAUACUGGCCUGAAACUUGCGAACCCUUGACGUUUGGGUGUCUGGAAAUCAAUCUUCUAUCCGCUAAAGACUUCGCCAACUAUAGUUUACGUCAAAUUACAAUUUCAUACAAGGGAGAAGGGAGACAAAUCCGACAGUUCCACUUUACAGGUUGGCCAGACCAUGGAAUUCCAGAGACAUUGGAAUUGGUUCAUUUUCUGAAACAAGUCCAGUCAUGUGAUCUGUAUGGACAGGGUCCAAUGUUAGUCCAUUGCAGUGCAGGCGUUGGUCGCACGGGUACUUUUAUUGCCUUAGACGCCCUCUAUCGUCAUGGACUGAAAAUCCAGUUUGUAGAAAUUCUAGGUUACAUUAAAAGAAUGCGAGAAUGCCGGAUGUCUAUGAUACAAAAUGUGGAUCAGUACAGAUUGUUACAUUUCGCUCUCUUAGAGGCGUUCACAUAUCGCGAGACUUCAGUCCAACAAUCCGAGUUCAUGGACUAUUAUAGAAAAAUUUGCAGACAAAAACCCCGCCUCUUGUAUGAGGAGUUCCAAAUUCUCAAUGACAGUAAACCUCAGUAUGUAUCCAUGGACUGGACAGCCGCCAUAACAGACGAUAACCAACAGAAGAACCAAUCGCCUGACGUCCUCGCCGUGGAUCAAUUUCGGCCUUAUUUGAACACAUACGUCCCCGGGACGAGCGAUUACAUCAAUGCUGUCAUUAUCCCAUCUCUGAAGCCAAGCAUGGAUUACAUUGUUACACAGAGCCCCCUACCGGACACGAUAGUUGACCUUUGGCGUCUUGUUUAUGACCACGAUAUUGAUGUCAUCGUGUCCCUAAACUCCCCAGACAACCAGAAAGAGUGGUCAGCUGUUUGGUGGCCGUUAGAAGGAGAGACGGUUUGUUACGGACCUCUUUAUGUACGGAUGGCGUCGGUAGAGCAGCAGCACCAGGGUUAUACGUCCAAAUUUAUUCAGAUCUAUAAAAAGGGGUCAGGGGAAACAAGGGGAGUAACUUCCUUUCACUUGGGCGACUGGCCGGUGGAGCGGGAAACUCCACAAUCUUUGCAGACGAUACUUUCUGUCAUCAGGGAAGUACAGCAGACGGUAGUGUCCACGAGUCGUGUACUGAUCAUGUGCAAGGAUGGUGCCAAAUGCAGUGGUCUGUAUUGCGCUCUUAGCCUUAUCCUGGACCGUCUCAACAUAGAAGGAAAGGUCGACGUUUUCCACACUGUGCGCAAAAUCCACAUUCGACGACCACAGUUCAUUGAAUCCGUAGAGCAAUACAGCUACCUAUAUGACGCCGUCGUGGAACAUUUAAACACUACGGUAUAUGGAAAUGUGUGAUAAAAAUUGAUAUUGACUUGUGUCCAACCUGUCACGGUUCCGUAUGACUUGGACCGCUCAAUAUGGAUUGCCUGUAUUAUUAUAUCUCAGCAGUCGAAUCAGUCAUCUGCUGGGCCUAUAACGUUACAUAAUUCAAAGUCCUGUCGAUGAUGAAUGCCUGAUAGCGCAAUGACAAUCUGUUGCUCAGUAAACAAUUAAGCGAUUCUUUUUUAUAUCACAGAGGAUCCAAUGAUGACCGAGUACAAACGACCAGGGGGUAACCCCACAGCAAAUUACUACAAAAUCCAUAGAUAUUUCCUGUUAUUUAUUUUUUUGUAUGAUUUAUCUAUUUAUUUUUUUUGAAUUAUUUUACAAUAAAAUGUCACUGAUGAA